AUGAAAGGUCGGCCCGUCAUCAGCAUCGAAAAUUACACCAUAUACUGCGGCGGUGCUGAUGGGAAGAAAGUAGGUGGCUGCGCGAUAGCUGUGAGGAACGAUUACAAGAACCUGGUGGAGGAAUUUGGCUCAACGUCGUCUAGACGCGCCUUUCUACGACUGCGGGAUCGCGGAGGACGUGAACUCUGGAUCGUAAGUGCUCACGCACCUACGGAAACCGCUGAGGACAACAGUAAGGACGCCUUCUAUGAUGAACUCAAUGCGUUGAUGUCUAAAAUACCAAGCCAGCAGGUGGUCAUUGUCGGAAUCGACGCAAAUGCGAAGAUGGGACUCGAACAGCAAUCCGAUGUGCUAGGAAAAUGGUACUAUGCAGCAGAGCGCACGUCGGACAACGGUGACCGUCUGGUCGACUUGUGCGAACAGACGGGCCUCAUCAUUGCUUCCACGUUUAAGAGGGAUCAUCGACGCCAUCAGCUCACGUGGCAGGGGUCAACCCUUUUAACGCCUGAAGAGCAGCGCAAACGGAAGAUGAGGACUCUUAAACUUCAGCUCGACUACGUUCUGGCGAGGAACAUUCCUAGGUCAGAUAUCCGAAAAUCUAGAGCUUUUGGGACGUCGCGUUCGACUCUGACCACCUUCCAGUUCUUCUUACCUUCAAGAUAUGGUUCCACAAGAGAAACCGAGGAGCUCCUCUUCAACCGAAAAUCGACAUGGCAAGUCUGA